AUGGCUACCAUAAAUUUCGAGUCGUACCUGGGCAACGUCAUCAACAACCAGAUUGUCCCGACAGCAACUACCCGCCACUCCAAGAAUCCAGCAACGGGCCAGCCUCUCUGGGAAGUCCCCGUAGCGUCAAAAAAAGAUCUCGAUGAUGCUGUCGGCCAUGCACGUGAAGCAUUCAAGGCCUGGUCCAAGACUAGUCAUGAAGAGCGAUCAAAAUUGAUGGUAGCCUUUGCCGAGGCCAUUGAGAAGCAUACCCCCGAGCUCAUCAACCUGCUCACCACUGAGCAGGGCAAGCCGCAUGCUGUCUCUGGCAUGGAGCUCAGCAUGACUGCCACUUGGCUCAAGACAUUUGCUACCAUGGAGGUCAAGGAUGAAGUACUGCAGGAUGACGACGAAAAGACAAUCUACGCCACGUUCCCACCCAUCGGUGUCUGCGGUGCCAUUGUUCCGUGGAACUGGCCCAUUCUCCUUGGUCUUGGAAAGGUUGGCCCCGCCCUAAUGACUGGUAAUACCAUCAUUAUGAAGCCGUCACCAUUCACGCCAUACUGCGACCUCAAACUCGGUGAGAUCGGUGCUUCCAUCUUCCCCCCUGGCGUAUUCCAAGUGCUCAGUGGAGACGACAGCCUCGGUCCAUGGAUGUCAGAACACCCGGGUAUUGACAUGAUCACUUUUACCGGCUCAACCGCUACCGGUAAAAAGGUUGCCGCAAGUUGUGCUAAAACCCUAAAGCGCGUGCUUCUGGAGCUUGGUGGCAACGAUGCGGCCAUUGUCUGUGAAGAUGCCGACAUUUCCAAGAGCAUGCCCAAGAUUGCAACACUUGCCUUUAUAAACUCGGGUCAAAUUUGCAUGUGUGUGAAGCGCAUCUAUGUCCACGAGAAGAUUUACGACGACUUCAAGGCUGCCAUGGUUGAUUUUACCAAGAAUAACAUCAAGUCUGGCGCCGGUACUGAGGAGGGUGUCACUGUUGCUCCUAUCCAAAACGAGAACCAAUUCAACUUGGUGAAGCAAAUUUAUGCCGACGUCGACCAGCGAGGCUACAAUGUUGCGCUACCCGGCAAGGUUGUCGAAGGAAAAGGAUACCUUAUCGAGCCUCAAAUCGUGGACAACCCUCCUGAUGACUCCAUUAUUGUCAAGGAAGAGCCUUUUGGUCCUAUAGUGCCUCUCCUCAAAUGGUCAGACGAUCAAGAAGUCAUUGGCCGCGCCAACAGCCUGCCUACGGCCCUGGGUGCAUCCGUAUGGGGCAAGGAUCUUGCGCGUGCUGAAAAGAUGGCUCGCCAGCUCAGCGCCGGCAGUGUCUGGGUGAAUUCACACUUUGACGUGGCUCCCAAUGUCCCCUUUGGCGGUCACAAGGAGAGUGGUUGGGGUAUGGAAUGGGGCAUGGAAGGAUUCAAACAGUAUACGAACUCCACGAGCCUGUGGGUUUGGAAGAAGGUCAUGGAAUAA